AAAAAAGUACUUAGGAGUCUCUUGACGGCUGAGGUGAGGCAGAACAGAAACGUUUGUGGCGUUAACUUGGCUUUACAGACACCUAAUUUAACUCCAUUUGUCGAUUUAGUUAUGUUUGCGAACAAGAAGGCCUGGUUUUCGAGCAGUGUUUCACAGUCACUUCGGGAUUUUUGGCUCACGGAGGAUGGGAUAGUAACAGGUUGGAAAACAGCAGAUUAUAUUUUUAGUGAUGAUGCUGAACACCCCGACACACUCAGGAUUUUUCAAAGCAUGGAGUACAUCUGGGACAAGGUGACGGUUUUUCACAGCUUGUUCCUGAAUUCAUGUAGAAAGCGACAGAGUACCAAGUCAAUGAGCAUCGGUCACUAUGUGCUGCCUCCGGUCCCAGUGCAGAAUGCCAUGAGAAAUGUGGUUGGAAGACUUAUUUGGGACCAUGACCAACCAUCUACACAGAGUUUUGCUGACCAGGUCGCCGAUAAUGACAAGGAAGCAGAGUACAUCAAUGACGGGUUUGUUAAGAAUUGACCGCAAAAGAAUAUAAUAAGAAUACAAUGCAGUAAUCUCCCUAUUCUAACAGGAGUGACGCAUUUAGUGCAAGCACAUCAGAGAAUGAAUUAUGCACAUGUUGCGACCCGAAAGAUGAUCCAAUAAAUUA